AUGCGCUUUCUUACCAGUCUGGCCCUGGCCCUGAUCGCCCUGGAGGCUGCCCUCGCACUGGCCCCAGCCCUCAACCUGCCAGGGCUAGCCACGUGCCCAGAGCUCAGCUCCUCCUCCAAGGAUCCCUGCGUAAUCUCCUGCGUCAACGAUGAGAGCUGUCCCCAAGGCACCAAGUGCUGCGCCAGGAGCCCCUGCAGCCGAUCCUGCACGGUCCCCCUCCUGGUGCCUGUCCCCAAGGCCGGCCGCUGCCCCUGGGUGCCGGCCCCGCUGGCCCCCGAGCUCUGCUUGGAGAAAAACGAGUGCUCCAGGGACGACCAGUGUAGGGGCAACAAGAAGUGCUGCUUCAACUCGUGUGCCAUGAGGUGUCUGGACCCUGACAUAGAGGCCCCUCUUCAGUGA